AUGGAAGCAGUGGCACUUUAUACGUUUCGUGCCACCGAGGGUGAUGAACUGAGUUUCAACAAAGGAGAGUUGUUAAAGAUCACCAACAUGGAGGAUGACCCCAACUGGUACACAGCUGAGCUCCACAACAGAAAAGGCUUUGUGCCCAAAAACUACAUCAACCUGCGGCCACAUGCGUGGUUUGCAGGUCGUAUAUCUCGUGGUGUGGCAGAAAGUCGACUGAGACACAGGGAAUGUGGAGCAUUUUUGGUCCGGGAGAGUGAAAGUGCUCCUGGAGAGUUUUCCAUGUCGGUCAGUUAUGGAGACCAUGUACAACACUUCAAGGUGCUGCAGGAUCGUUGCAGUCAGUACUACGUGUGGGAUGAGCUCUUCUCCUCCCUGAACGAACUUGUGGAGUUCUACCAUAGCAACAGCAUCGCAAAGGAGAGGACUGUUGUUCUGCGAGACCCCGAACACUUUGCAAGACGUCCUCACCACGCCCACGCUCUCUUCGACUUCAACCCUCACCACCCCUCACAGCUACGUUUCCUGCGGGGUGACGUCAUCGAGCUCAUUGACUGCUCCGACUCAGUGCGCUGGAGGGGCCGUUGCCAUGGACACGUGGGCUACUUUCCCCCGGAGUAUGUCCAACCUGUUUACCACUGUCAGUGA